AUGGCCCAGAGGACUCCGAAAACCAGGUCCAACAGUAACGGCACCAGCAGAUCCUGUGCCAUGGGAACAAAUGGAAAGCCCAAGACGACCCAUCAUCAUCAUAAUCAUCAUCAUCAUCAUAAUCAUCAUCGAACUACAGGUCCAAAAGUUACUGCUACUGGCUCAAGCUCUAAGCAAGAAGGUUCUUCUACCUCGAAUUUAACCACGACAACAAAAAACUCGGUGGAUGAAAAGUCAUUGUUAUCAGAAGGCUCUGAAAGCUCAAACUCGCCCAAAUCUCCCCUCGAAAGCUACCACCAGCACCCGUUUUCCCUGAACCACCAAAAAGCGAUCUUUGAGCAUCGGCUAAUAACAAAGAAUUCGGGUGCACAGAAGAACUACUCUCACGUUCCUUGCCGUUUUUUCCGCCAGGGAACCUGUCAGGCUGGUGACUCGUGUCCCUUCUCACACUCUCUGAACUCUAAUGCUGCGGACGCUACCCCCUGCAAGUAUUUUGAAAGAGGCCAUUGCAGAUUUGGAACAAAGUGUGCUAACGCACACAUACUGCCAGAUGGAACGCGUUUAAACCCUCCCAGACAGUUCAAUCAAGGCCAAGGCACCAGGAACAGUCAUUCGGAAGCUUCUGGACCGGUGCCGAUUCCGAUGCGGACAGUCGAUCUAUCUCAGUUUGCGAAGCCCAAGAUGUUUCAAUCGGGGUCUUCCCAGCUGCAACCCGUGUCGAACUCUGAUUUCAGAUCUGCGGCAGCGCUAGCAUCCACCCCAAACUUACAUCAACGUUCCGCGAUGAGCUCGCAAACCACGUAUUUCGUUCCAUUCACACCACAGCAACAACAGCAGUACCAAUAUCACCAUCACCAACAACCGGCCAGUGAAUUUGCUUUGGCAGAAGACGAAUAUGCUGGUCCGGAUUUUGAUGGAGAAGACUUUAUACCAGGAGAGUUGUCAGACCUGCUAACGCCUAAGGAGCUCGAAAGACGCAAUUCCAGGUCUUCGCUCACACGCAAGCUAAGCUGGACGGAUCAUUCAUCCGUGUUUCCAUCUGCUUCCAGCACACUGCUUGGGUCUGAUCCUUCUAAUCAGGGCGAAUUAGCUUCUGCAGCAAACUCGUUUUCGGGUAUAUCAUCUGCGACUUCAAUGGAAUACUCACCGCCAGCAAGUGGCUCUACGGCUUUUGGACUCGCGGCUCAAUCUUUUGACUACACUUAUCUACAUGAUCAACGCCAGGCCAGAUCUGUGUGGGCCAAAGAGCAGACUCAGUUGUCUUAUGCCAAUGUAGACCGGCUCAGUCUGCAGAUGUCAGGGGUAAGAAUACAAGAUGACUUGGAGGAUAAGGAUUCAGCUGCAAAUUUAUCGUUGGCAAACGGACAGAGCUUUCAUCAGUUUUACUUGGGCGAUCUGCACCAACAGAUUUGA